AAGUAAAAAUCCAGUACCAACUUUUUGUCAAUUUAUCCACUUAAAAAGUCUCUCUUUCACAUUGAUCCUGUGUUCCUUUAUCAACAAGUGCCAUCGACAGUUUCGUACAUCAGUUAGAAAAAAUGAAGUUUGAAGAAUCGAAAACGCUCUUACCGGUGAGAAAGCCUGUAAAUGGCCGCAAAACCGCUGGUUACAAACUUUGGGUUCUACUCGCAGUUCUUCUUUUGGCCUUUGGUUCUAUGUUAACCGGUUCCGUCUCUCUCAAAGGAAUCGGUUUGUUCCAUUCUUUUGACGGCUCUAACGGAUUCUCCGUCAGCGAUGAUCUCGACGUCCUGGAGAUUGAAGAGAGAGAGAAAGUGGUGAGGCAGAUGUGGGAUGUGUACGGACGCUCCGGUGGCGUUAAGCUUCCUCGGUUCUGGCGAGAAGCUUUCGAAGCGGCGUAUGAGUUUCUGAUCAGUGAUUCCCCUGCCGUUCGCAACGGUGCCGUUUCCGAUAUAGCAAAGUUGUCUCUUGUUCGUUUUGUUAAGUCAGAGUCUACGUCGGCCCAGCCCAAUCCUCGUUGAGUUGUGAAAGACGAAAGAAAUAAAGCCCAUGAGAAUCA